AUGUCACCACCCACCAACUUCCUCAUCACUGGCGGCAACCGUGGUCUUGGUCUCGGCCUCGUCAAGAAAUACCUCCAGCUCCCGAACCAUAAUGUCAUCGCCUUCGUCCGCAAUCCCUCCUCCCCCAGCUCCCAAGCCUUGAAGACCCUGAAAAGGGACUCGUCCACCAACGUCAUUCUCAUCCCAUACGACGCCUCGGUGUGGGACUCCGCCGCCGAGGCAGUCAAAAUUCUCGUCAACGACCACAAAAUAACCUACCUCAACACCGUCAUCGCCAACGCCGGCAUCGCGAAGAUCUACCCCCUCAUCAAGGACGUCAACCCCGCCGACAUCAGGGAGCACUUUGAGGUUAACGUUCUCGGCCCUGUCUCCCUGUUCCAAGCCACUCGGGAGUUGCUCCUCGCUGCUAAGGAAACAACCCCGGAGAAGAAACCGAUCUAUGCGUUCAUGGGGUCAGGAGCAGGGUUGUUGGAGGGUGGAUUGGCUGUCCCGAGCGCGGCGUAUGCGCCGACGAAGACGAUGUUGAACUGGUACGGGAUGAAACUUCAUCAGGAGGAGGAGUGGUUGGUUACUUUUAUUAUUGACCCGGGGUGGGUAAGGACUGAUAUGGGGAAUUUUGGUGCGCGUUCUUUUGGGCUGGAGCAGGCGAAUUUGGAGAUUGAGGAGUCGGUUGAUGGGGUUUUUGGGGUGGUGAAUGGGGCGACGAGGGAGAGGGAGGGGGGUAGGUUGGUGGAGUAUACGGGGAGGAUUGAGGGGUGGUAAAGGGAGAGGAUAUAUUGAUGGAAUUGUCUCUAUGAAUGUCAAACUCAUGACCCCAUCACAUGCUUGGUUUUCUUCUUUGUGCUGCUGAAUGAUUUGACCAAGCCAUUGACGUGUUUCACCGCUCGGUGUCUGGAUUGACGAGGUCCUGGAGUUAUUGCGCCCUUUAAGUCGUCGGAUUGGAUGUCAGACUGGAUGUCCGUAGUCGGCUGAGUCUUGGGAAUGGUAUCGGUUGGCAGCGAGUGGCUCUUUCUCUAACACUGAUUCCACUCUCGUCUGGCCGGCCUCCUCUGCCUUUCGCGACUGCUCUUCUUUGCUGGCCUGUUCAGCCUUCUUGUUCUUUUCUUCUUAGACUCCGGUGCCCUCUCUGCCUCCAUCUCGAUGAUCAGCGCUGAAUGCUGAGGGGCGGAAAGAGCGUGUUUGGGUUCAGGACAUGGUGACAAAAGCUAUCAGAAAGGAGGAUGGGACUUGGUUGGCGGGGGUGGGGGGUGGCGCGUACAUGGCCAGAAAGGGGGCCGGAGGUCGUGGGGAGAGGAUUCUGAGCAGUUCAUCAACUAGGGAUGUCGUGGACAGGAUUCAUGGUGCUGCAAGUCAGUUAUAGGCAUGAUAAAUAUUAACUUAUGUCAUUUGGAAAAGCCAAUAGGCAUCUUCACUCUCUUUUCAGGGCCCCUAAC